CUAUUACUAUGGUAACAGAGAUUGUGUCAGUUAGCAACCACCGCGACGAAACGUUACGGACGAUUUCGUUUCUAAUUUCACCCUGAAGAUGAGGACUGUAACAUCGGACAGCGGUCAAGAGGAAACUGUGACCGUGAGAAGAAGUGAAUCAUCGGAUGCUCAGGGGAUUGACGGCCUCGUCAGCCCUUCAGCCCUGGCGGUUUUUGGAAGGGUGAAUGUAAUUCAGCUACUAGAGAAAGCCAACCUAGCAGUGACCUUGGCCAAUGAAAAGGAUGACAUCCUGGCCCACGCUUCCUUCUUCGAUCACCCUGUUGGAGAUUUGGUGGAUCAGGCUCACUGGGAACCUUUCCUGCAGAAACACUUCAGCGCUGAAAACUGCACGCCUUUGAACACACUCUUCCUCCACCUUUUCGUGGCACAGCCGAACUUCACUACAGCAAGUGUAAAGGAGAUAAUGAGGGCUGUCUUUAAUGCCAUUGCAGAGCUUGAAUAUAUCUGCCUGAUCAGCCCAAAUGUCAGCGAUUUAGAGCCAGCACUGGAUGACAUGUUUGAGCCGUUGCAGCGCCUGACUGACCCCGGGCCACAGUGCUUGGCAUUAAUCUGCCACAGGCAGGAGCACUGUCCAAGGCUUCAUAUCCGCCCUGCCAGGGUUGAAGAUCAUGAUGACAUUGUGAGCAUAUUUGAACAGGAGACAAAACUAUUAUCAGUCAUCAAUCAGCCGUACUUCCUGGCAGAACUCAUUGAGGCUCAGAAUGAAGAAAAUCACACCGCUGUUUGCGAGAUUGAUGGAGUAGCUGUUGGCUUCAUCAGUGUUACUGCUGAUGUGGAUUUGAAACAGCUGCGCAACAGCUUUGAGCUCGGUGACUUCAAUGGUUUGUACAAACUGCAGCAAACGAAACGUAAUGAAGCUGCUGCUUCUACUGACCCCAGAGAAGACGAAGAAGAACCAAGACAAACCCAAACAUCCACCUCACAACAGCAGAAGGAGAUACAGUCAACUGGAGCAGGAGGGUUUUCAGAGAAGCCCAACGCUUUCUGUAUUCAGUUCUUCGUUAUUGACAAGAAUUAUGAAAUGAGAUCAGUGGACUUUAUUCCAUAUGUAUUCAAACUUUUCCCUGACCUGGAUUUCUGCGUCAUGACGGUACCGACUCUUUCCCCUGAGUUUCCGUUGCUGCAGAGCUUCCUCAGGGUGCCGCCCCGUGCCACCCGCUCGUUGCCUCACGAACUCUACGUUUUUCACCGCGUUGGGCUACGGCCGGUGGAGGUGAGGCCGGCUGUGGCUGCAGACCAACCUGCUGUCUCUGACCUGGUGAACGGUCUGAAACUGAACGAGUCCCUGCUGCAGGACCUGAAUGGCUUCUGUGAGACCCGCAGUGGCCCAGACGGGGUGCCGCUGCAGGCGUUCGUGGCUCAGGUGGACGGUCAGGUUGUGGGGAUUCUGAUCAUCAGAGAUGAGCAGGACGUCGAGUACAUCCGAGCCCACUACAACAUCGAGAACUUCAUCUAUUUCAGCCAUCACCGCUAUGAGGAGCACGCUCAGAUACGCCACUUUGUCCUCAAACCCUCCCUCCAGCACUUCACCAGACACUUGUUUAAGGAGGUCCUCCGGCUGGCUCACAGAUCCUGCCUGUACCACAGGAUCUACCCCCCGUAUCACAGCCAGGAGAAUUCCUGCGUCCACCAUCUGGAUUUUGUCCUCAACUGCGCGGUUCCCGUCCGCCCACGACGCCAGAUCAUCUACCCACUGGAGGAGCUUGGCAUCAACGCCCCGUCCAGGCGGAUCACCGAGGACCAGGCACCAUUUGCUCUCAGCCUCAUCAGCAGAAAGUUAACCAUGGAGCCAAAGGUCACCAUUAAUGCCAGGACUGUGGUGGUGGGGGCGUCAGACACAGGUUUAUCUUUCCUCGAGGUGCUUUGUUUCUGCCCUCACCUGAGGUUCAACAACCUGACCCUUAUCUCGACACAUGGUUUCCCUGGCGACUAUAACCACGACGACGUCGGGUUUCUGUCCACAAGUCAUGCAUACAGCAGCAGAGACUUGGCCCAGCUCCCUCUGCAUUCCUGCAUCAAUUUGAUGACUGAGAAGGUGGUGGGCAUCAACAGGAAGUCCCAACACGUCCGGGUGUCCGGUGGCCAGAAGGUGCCCUACGACCACCUCAUCCUCUCUACAGGUCUGCAGUACCAGGUGCCCUGUCCCACCGGCGUGGAUCUGAGCCAGCCGGUCUCAAACAGCCAGCUGCAGACUCAGUCCGCUCACCGCAGAUACACCGAGCCCGUUCCCUCCAACCUCUUCACCCUCAAUGACCUCAGUGACUGCAUGGCUGCUCGCCGCUGGCUGUGUGCCAACUUUGUGGAGCUGCAGGAUAAUGCCAUUGUGUACGGAAACAGCAUUGACGUCUACACCACAGUGGAGACUUUGCUCAGCCUUGGUGUCCAUGGAUCUCGUAUCCAUCUAGUCAUCCCACCUCCUGAGCCCGUUGCCUCCUGCUUCAGUGACCCCGCUGUGGGGAAAGCCGUGGUGACGACCUUGGAGAAGGCCAAUGUCCAGGUCCACCAUGACUGCUUGCUGGCCCAGAUGAACAAUGGCGAACACCCCGAACCUCUCACAUCGGUGACGUUCACCACCAACACAGAGCCUCUCCAUCUGCAGUGUGGUGUGUUCAUCAACCUCUCCAAUAAAGGACUCGACUAUGACACUUUCAAGAGCAUCAACAACUCCUUCCUGGUUUUUGACAGCAGGCUUGUCAUAAACGCAACUUUCCACACCAACGACUCAGCCAUUUAUGGUGCUGGACCUCUCACCAAAUUUUCCCGUCGCUACCACACAGACGAGUGGUCGCAUGCCAACUUCAAUUCCAAGGAAGUGGGCCAGGACCUGGCAGCCAUGAUGCUGCCCCUUUUCGACCCGACGCUGGAGCCCGCGGACGAACCUCCACAUGAAAUGGAUCGUCUCGUACCGCUGUACAAACGAGCCAAGAUUCAAGGUGGGAAGCUGCCUGGGGGAUAUGACUACCUGCACGUCACCAAGCCGUCCGCUACCAACCUGACAGGUCCCCCUGUUAAACAUUUACAGGACAGAGGGAUUGUGACCGGACGAGUGGAAAGCGGGAACUACUUCUGUUUGCAUCUCGACUGCAACGAGCUGGUGGAGACGCUCACCUGCUUCUCUCUGAAGCCGCUCUCCGUCUCCAAUUACCUGAGUCUGUAUGGGAAACACCAGCAGCUGCUGGGCCAGCUGCUGACCCGCUACCACCAGGCCCUGAUCCACGACCUGUACAGUUUCUUCAGACAGAGCUGGUGUUUUGCCGUUUAUCACGACAGAUUCUCCGACUUCGAGCAGGAGCUUCGGCAGAUCGCCUCAACUAAGCUGAAGUCGGACUCUAUGUCUCUGCGGGACGACGAGUCGAGGCGGCAGGUGAUGGUGGACGAUGACGACUCAAACGUCCUCCCUCAGGACAGGUUUAAAGACGCCGAGAGUCGAGCUGCUCUGAGAAGCAGCGCUGUGAAAUAUCUGACCUACAACAGAAACCUUCUGCCAAUGUUCGCCUGCCCGGGACAGCUGUGACAGAACAACGAGCAUCAACAAACCUGAGCGACCAAGCUGUGGUGAAAGCGGCAGGGACGGGGAGACCGGUCAGAACUGAGGGGAACGAUGGAGGCGGCCGAAUACAGCGAGGUCCUCGAGGAAAAGCAGCUCCAGAGUGCAGGCGGUCUGAGACUGGGGUGAUGCUUCGCCCUUCAGCACCACAAUGCAAA